ACCUGAUCAAAAAGAAAUAAAAUUAGGUUGUAAUAUUUAGGUUGACGACAAAUGUCAAAAACUGUGUCUUUCGAAUAAUAAAGAUGAAUCUUACAAUUUUAGUGAUAUGGUUUUCGAUCCUUAUCACCAGUGUUUCAGCUCAAGAUCCAUGGAAGAAAGAAUGUGUUGAUGGGUUUGAACUGCUUUUCUUCAAACAACGUAAAACUUACAACGAGGCAAAAUCUUCCUGUGAAGGAUUAAGAGGUUACUUGGCUAAAGUUGAUGAUGAGAGAAUAACGAGAGUCAUUAAUUCGUCAUUCCUCAUACAAGAUACUGUUAACACUUUUUACAUUGGAGGAAAUGACAUAGCUAUAGAAGGAGAUUGGAAAUGGCAGGAUGGUACUCAUGUGAUCAUGAGGGGAGAAGUGGGAUAUGAAAACUGGAAAUCGAAUCAACCAAACAAUGUUGGCAAUGAAGAUUGUUUGGCAGUUGGAAGAGAAACGUAUGAGUGGAUUGAUAUAUCUUGUGAUGAAAUCAUCUACUACAUUUGCCAGAAAGGAGGAGCAACGUUAUCUGCAGAAUCGUCGUCUAUUAUACAAUACAAGAAUACACAAACUUGCGUCAUCUCUUGGAUCUUAUCUAACAAGACAGAGACUGGUGAUUCAUAUACUGUGGAACUGAAUCUAACUUCAACCCUGGCUUCCUCACGAGAUUCAAACUUGAAGACAGACAUGAAACUAAUAAACGUGACGUCAUCAUCCGUGUAUUCGUUUCAACCAGAAUCAAAUCGUAACUAUUCCGCUUCAAUCAAAAUAUUCAGUUGUGAUGGAUUUGGUCAAGUUUUUUUUGUUACUGGCAUUUGUCUCGGAAAACCUAGAGCUCCCACAAAGGUUUUUCCGCCUGAUAGUUUUGAAGAUAACCUAGUUAGCAGAGUAUGUGGAUUCAAAAAACUCGGAAUACAAGCACCAGAUGAGACUAAUGGCCUUGUCAGUUGCCUAUUCGUACUUGUACGCACAAAUUUGAAGGAACACGACGUGCCUUCUCCUUGA